AUGCCUUCUCGCAAAAGUGCUCCUAAGGUAGCUUACCCUUACCACUCUCCUCCACCUCCACCUCCACCUCCACCUCCACCUCCUCCACCACCACCUGCAUGCACAACACCUCCUCCACCACCUGCAUGUCCACCACCACCACUUGCUCCAUAUUCACCCCCUUGUCAUGGCCACCAUUGUGGACAUCAUCAUCAUCCACCUAGUGCUUCAUCCCCAACACCGAUAGAAAGUCCGACUCCUGCAUCACCGCCUUAUCCACCGAAAACACCACCUGGUGGCUUGGUCGUUCCACCGCCUAAACACUCACCAUACUUCUCACCAACUGCCGGUGGCCCAAUUCCACCAAAAACUCCUCCAGAUCCAGGGUCACCCACUCCAUCACCAAGUAAACCACAAACCACGGCUUACCCACCAUAUUAUCCACAACCACCAAGUCCAGCCAAGCCUGUUGGGCCAGUAUACCCACUGGGACAGCCCUAUACGCCGCCAAAUGGGGGCCCUUUAGCACCGUCACCAAACACCCCAUUUUCUUCUCCAUCAAACACUGUUGUGACACCGCGUCCAGGUGGUGGUGGUAACAACCACACAACCAUAAUCGCUGUGUGCGUAUCUUUUGGUGGUUUAUUCUUCCUUGCAUUCCUUGCAGUUGGUCUCUUUUGCUUAGCCAAGAAGAAGAAAAAGCCAAUUAUGGUUCCGACGGCUAAACAUGAAGAACCACCAAGACCUUACGGCGGAGGAGCCGCUGCCGCUCAUCAUCACGAGGAUUUUCCACCGAUGCACACACCCGUUGAUUUAGUCAAAAUGGACGCCUUACCCGAUCAUGAGUGGACCUAUCCUCAUCUCACGAACUAUGCAACCAUCGCCCCAUCCCAACAGCUGGUAGAAGACCACGUGGAGCCGCAGCCGGAGGAGCCGGUACAUAGAAUGGCGAAAUUGGCAUUGAAGGAGCAUCAAAUUUUCAUGACUGCAUGUGAAUUGGCAGUUGCGGAAGGUCAUAGCCACGACAAAUGCUUCACAAGGGCCGGGUGGGAUCGCAUUCUAUCGCUUUUCAACCGAAAGACGAACAAGAAUUGGACAAUCUCCCAACUAAAAAAUCACUGGCAGCAAAUGCGGCUCGAUCACAAGAUGUUAUUCGAACUACUGCGCUGCCCUGACGUGGAGUAUAACCUAACUGCCGGUAAUCGUAUGAUGGCUGAUGACGAGUUGUGGGAUCAAAAAAUCACGGAAAACCCCAUGUAUGAGAGGUUCAAGAAUAACGAAGUGGAAUACGCUUCCACCCCGACCAAGAUGUCACGACGUGGGUUCGGCAUGGACGACGAUAGAGAUGGUGACCAAGUCGCUGAUCAUUUGCCAAAUCCUGUUGAUUCUAAUGACGAAUCAGAUAUUGGCCACUCAAACGAAUCGAAAGCACGAUCAAGCAAGCGUAAUGACAAUAGACGUAAGUCCACACCACAUUCAGGAAAUGGCAAAAAAAAAUGUGGGGCACGUGCUAUCUCCACUUCAGUAGAUCAAAUGGCUGACAUGUCUACGGAACUGCAGUCGUUCAAUCCAAGAAAUAGUUCAAAUGAUCUUUCCAUAGACGAUUGUAUCGCGGAGAUCGAUGCAACUGGACUUGUUGACAGGAACAGCGAUCUUUUCAUGUUUGCUUUAUCAUUCCUCGGCAUUCAUGGAAACAGAGAUAUAUGGAGGGCCGCCAAAGACAAGGACACAAAAAUGUGUUGGUUGAAGUGGUCCUUUGAUGACUACAAGGAACGUAAAGUCGGUGCAUCACAUCAUCUUCCUUUUGAUGGGAAACAUACAACAUGUCACAAUAUCGUUUCCGACAUUGCAACCUUCAACCAAACUCCGAUGUGUUCAAUACUUCUGACGACGAGGUCGUCAAGCAGCAACUUGAAGAGGACAUUGAAACGUAGCUUGGAUAUUGUCGCACUUCCGAAGAAAUGGACUGCAUUGGAGCAAUUGAUGUUGAAGCUUAUAGCAGUUGGUGCUCUACCAGCUGUGGCAGAGGAACUAGUGGCUGCAAAAUUGGAGAUGUUAGGUGAAGCUACACUGCCCAUUGUGGUCCCCUCUGCAUUGAAAAAGGCCAUUAAUGGUGGUUUGGCAACUGUUAGUGGUGGUUUUGUAAAAUUUGGCCUUGGAGGACUGGGCAAUAAGGGUGUCAAAAAGGGCAAAGAGUGCUUGUGCCGAUUUGGAUAUUGGGGUGAGCUCAAGAAUGGUUAA